CAGGGACCAGUCGAUGGCGAACAAUGAUGUCCGCUUGCCAUUCAUUGGACGCGUUAUCUACUCAUUCCACUCGCAGCUGGAAGGGGAGUUGGCACUGACAAAUGAUGAUCUUGUUCUGAUUACUCAGAUAGUAGAUCGCUACUGGUUUUAUGGCCAAUUAGGCAACGAUAAGGGCCGAUUUCCUCAGAAAAAUGUGACUUCUGUCACGCACCUGCCUCCAGCUUUGCCUGGCCAGCCUUAUUUUGCCGCAUUGGGGGAUUUCGAUCAGCAACAGGUUGGCGAUCUCUCUUUUAAAAGAGGUGAAAUUCUACUCGGCCUUAAUCGUGUUGACACAAAUUGGUGGUUUGGUCGUAGUGCUGACGGCCGAGAAGGUAUAUUUCCCACUUCCUUAGCUUGGCAAGUAGAUCUGCGUCCUGUCCAGAAUGCAUCAAAUAGUGGAACCUUAGUCAGAAGAAGAGCCCGUGUUCUGCAACAUUUAGUUGCUCAAUUACCCGAUGAACUAGAUCUGAGAAAGGGAGAUGAAGUUAUUGUUACCGGUACAGCCGACGAUGGAUGGCUUUGUGGAGAAUCUCAAGGAAGAACUGGCAUCUUUCCAUCUGGCUUCGUUUCGUUCAUACCGGAAGACUCACCAAGAAUCUCACAAGAACCCAUAGCUGCACCCACCUUCUCAGAACCUGCAGCUACAUUCUACACGAUUAAAGAAGUUGAAAACCACUUGAAUGGUAGGCCUUACGGGAUCGCCUGUUAUGAUUUCCAUGGCCAGCAGGACGAUGAACUCGAUUUUUAUACCGGCCAGACUGUUUAUUUAUUGAAGCACGUGAAUGCGGAAUGGAUGGAAGGCGAAGCCAAUGGUCGAAAAGGCAUAUUUCCCACCCUGUUUGUUCGGAUUGUCGUUGACUGUGAUGAUACAUCGAAGAAUGAUCCAUCGAAAUCGAAUAGCUUUUUAUUAGAUUCAGAAAAAUCAAAUAACUUAUUACUGGAUUUUGAUCCCCUAUUAACGAACGAUAUUCCUUCCAAGUCGAAUCUCUCUUCCAAUGAGAUAAACAAUCGAAUGACUAGUGCCACCACCUGGGGGGCUUCUGCUUGCAGUGCACAAAUGAGCUUGGACAGUUUCAUCACUCGAAAUUUGAACCUUUUGGAAUCGACUUCAUCUAGCCAGGCCUGUGAGAAACAAAGACCGGCGUCAUGGUCCCAAACGCUGACAACGCUGCAAAUUGAAUACUCAAAACAACCCGAACGAAAAUUGCCUCCUAUUCCGCCUCGACGACAGGAAAUUCAAUCUAUCAACGAACAAACGAUCCAUCAUCAUGUUGUAUCUGCACAACAAUCUGUACAGCCAACCGUACAAACGCUAGAUUCCGAACUUGUCGAGAACGAGACGAUUAUAAGCGUAGGUGGUAAUACCAACGAUGAAGCGUGUGGAAGCAUCUCAUUGGAAAUGAACGAAAGUGGCGCCUCACGUAAGAGCUACACUAGACCAGCCCCACCACCGCCCACGGACUAUCCUCAUCGGCGAUUCAGCCGUCAAGAUUCGUCGGAUUCCAUCGGAAGUCACCUUCACUCUGGUCCGCAACCACUCAGGCCCGCACCUCAAAUUCCUUCUGAUAGUGGUGAAGAUCGUGUGGAAGGCCGCCGACAGAGAAUCGAAAAAGAGAGACAGCGAAAAAUGGAAGAGGAACAACUGCGUGAUUUAGAGAUGAGGAAAAAAGUCAAAGAGCAGCGAGAGAAAGUUAUAACUGAGCUCUUAGUGACGGAACGUGAAUAUUGUCGAGAUUUGAGGUUGACCUGCCAAGUUUUUAAAUUACGUAAUCCCCAGUAUCUCGAAGACAAAGGCGUUGACGUUGUAACUAUUUUUGGGAACAUUUUAGAAGUAAUAGGACUGUCCGAAACGUUUAUCGACCAGUUGAAUAAAUGCAGGACAAAUUGUGAAGAAACCUAUUCAGCGGAUCAUUCUAUCGGUAAAAGUUUUAUUCAAACAGAGCCCGAAUUUCGUCGAGUAUAUGGCAAUUACUGUAUUAAUCACGAUAACGCACAGUUCCUGUUGGAAAAGUAUGAAAAUAUUCCAAGCGUCAGCACGGUGUUGGAAGAAGGUGUCGCCACUCUUCGACAGCAGAUAGUUUGUUUCAAUAUGGGUUCGAUCAUAAUUAAGCCUGUUCAGCGUAUUAUGAAGUACUCACUUAUACUGGGUGAAUUGAUAAAAUACACCGAGAAUGACCAUCCGGAUAAAAGCAAUUUGGUGUUAGCCAUGGGACUUAUGACUGCUGUCGCUACGUUUAUUAACGAGAGCAAGCGCAAGAAAGAAAUUGUUCUGAAAUAUAGAAAUUCUGGUCAAGAGGAGAAGCUUAGUACGAAAAUCUCUCGUUUAAACAUGCACUCCGUGGCCAAAAAAUCUUCCAGAUUCGGCAUGCUAUUGAAAACGUCACUUGGAAUGGCGCCGACGACAAGAGAUACAGCUUUCGAGGAAGUGGAGAUCCGUUUUGGAGAACUGUUUCGUGUCGUCCAAACAGCACUGCGAGACAUUACGGCAGUGUGCGAUCAGCUGAAGAUCACAUCAAAGACACAGUUCGAAAUAUCGGAAGCAUUUGCUUUAUUUUACGGCGAGGCAAAUAGGGUUCCACUGAUUGACAAUUUUCGCACAGCCCAACGCAUGAUAUACAAUCAACAUUGGAAUUCAUUUGACGCUUAUGUUAUCCAACAUGUGCGUAAUCCUUUGACGGCUCUUUGUGAUGCUUGUACAGGUCCCGAAAGGCUAAUUGUGAAGAGACGAGACAAGUUGCUUGACUCAAAUAUCGCUAGCGAACGAUUAGCUAGAAACAGAGAUCCAGCCAUGAGACGCACUCUUGAAGAGGAAGAAAAUCUAGCCCGGAAUACCCAUUUGGCUCUUAAUAGUCAAUUGAUGGAAGAACUUCCAGUCAUCACAGAGCACGGUUACAGCAUAUACAGACGUUGCAUUUCGUCCUUUUUGCAUGCUAGAAAGUUGUUGGUUGGCAGAAUUACUAAAUCAUUAUUAGAUUUAAAUGAGAUUUCCGACAUUGCCAAUCUUCAAGGAGAAAUAGAUGAAGAUUUUUAUGUAGCUUACGGCAAAGUCAUUGAACGUUUAUCAAGGGUGACUUUUAUCAACAAAUCUUUUCGUCGCACAUCUUCUAUCGUGACUACGGAUGGAUCUGUUUCACCUAGCGAUGCUACUCCAGCACGCAAUAGGCUUUCAACAGCUUUAGGCAAUCAUAGCCCUGGGGAAGGAAUUGUUGUGCAAAGCCGAGAAACAGUCAAUCUGCUUCGUUCAAAAUAUCAACCUGAGCAGCUGUAUAUGGUGACCGGUCGCUGUGAUAUUAAAGAAUCCAUGGAUUUGUCUGCGAAUUCCGGCCUGAUUGUUAGUGUCAUCAAACGCGAGGAUCCUAUGGGCAAUACAGGCCGCUGGUUUGUUGAUGCCGGAGAAGUACGAGGUUUCUUACCAGCCAAACACCUGAGUCUGGUUCCUUCGCCGACAUCAGGGCAAACAUCAAUGCUGAGAUCAUCUUAUUCAACUCAACUAUUAAGACCAGAAUCCUCUGCAUCUUUGGGAUCGAAUGAUGUUAGCGGUGCAUCUUGUAAUUCUAAUUCUUUGGAAUCAUUAAAGGAAACGUUGUUUUUCGACGAGGAGCCAAAUUCAACAAACAUGGAAAAUAUUUAUGAUUUACCACCUUCCUACGAAGAAGCUCUGGGAACGGAAGGAGCGCACUCCCCCCAUCGUUAUUGCGAGAUAGACGAUCUAGCCGAAGAAUGUGAUGAGAAAGAAGAAGGUGCAACUUGUCCGUCUUCUGAGAAAGCGGAGAGUCCGAUCUACGCCGUCAUAGAAGAUAUUAUUCCAUCAAUGGAAAGCAAAGAGGAUUUGCCUACAACCGAGAACAAUGUGUACAAAGUGGAAUAUCAGUUCCAAAAAAGAACGAAUUUGGAGAUUGAUCUGCAUGAAAAUGAGCUUGUCACCGUAUUAUCUAAGCACGAUGAGGCCGGAAAUUCGGAAUGGUGGUUAGUAGAAAAUGAUAGAGGAAUUCAAGGAUACGCACCCGCCGCAUAUCUAACCCAGUUAGCAACCGACACUGCUAAUCCAAAAUUGUUUGGUUGAAUUACGUUAUGAAUUAGAUAAUCGAAAUAGCUUCUAUUGCGAGCUUUGAUAAAAAUUAAGUUUCUUAUAUUUGCAGUGUUAUCUAAGUGAAACCCAUUUUACAUAUUUUAGAAAACUCAAACUGAGGAACUCUUUUUCUUCAUCUUUCUUAUAGUCCAUACAAGAUACAAUGAUAAAAAAUUAAAAGCUAUUAAAACAUGAUGGUCCUUAGCUGUUUUAUGAAAAAAUACUUUUAAAAGUGAGAAAUUGCUCCAGUCUGCUACUGCUUUAUGUGAUUGAGCGUUUGAACACAUCGUCGUAUCACUAUUUAGACAUCAUGAUUCGACAUUGUUGCGUCUUGUCGUCGUGCCUUUGUAAAAUUCGAUAAAUUGUAAUGGUUUAAAAUUUAGGUUAGGCUAUUCAUAUCUUGUACCUUCCUGGCGUAACAAUAAAAUGCAAAGUCUUGCCAUA